AUGAAGAAUACAUUACUCCAGUCCAAAAAAUUUGGAAGCAGCAUUCGCAAGAAUUCAGAAUCUGAAAGAUCGGAUGAUGAUAGCGUCACAGUGAGGCCUACCACAAUGGGAGGAAGGAUAAGGAUUUGGAAUAAGAUGGACCAAGCACCAUCAACAGAUUCCUCUUUUCUUGGACUUGGUCAUGACUGAGUUUGCAAAGAGAGAGUCAAGAAAAUCAAAAAGAAAAUAAUUGAAAAGGAAAAACUCAUAUCUCGGGCUCUUAAACUAAUCCGAAAAGACCAGAGAAGAUCUCUUUUUGAAAACCAGAAUAGCUUUGAAGAUGCAAUAGUUCCAAUGCAGAGUAACGAUAUUGUAGACUUUCUUUCCCAAGAUAAUAGAAAUAUGGACAAGCUGCACCUUGCAGUGUUGUAUGCUUCCCCUCUCGGAUACGAAGUUGUGGAUAAGACAGGCUCUAAAACAUUCAAAGUCAUCCAAGAACUUAAUUUCCAUAAUGACAUUGAUAAUAUUACGAAUGCUUUAGAAGGAGGAAUGAAUCAGGUGAACUACUCUAUCAGAAUGGGAACAUCUAUGAAUUUUAUAUCUUCAGUCAGUAAAAAUCCAUACGUCCUCCACUUCAUCGGACAUGGGAUAAGCAACCAAGAGAUAAAGGGGAAAUAAAGAAGACUGUCUCGUGCUUGAAAAUGAAGAUGGAUCUGGCCAACUUGUGUCCUCACAGAAACUUAAGAUGAUCCUCGAUGUCUGAAAUUCUAAGCUAGAUGUAGUAUUUCUGUCUUCUUGAUAUUCUGAAAACCAAUCAGAAGUAUUCCUGAAUGCUGGAGCUCAGCAUGUCGUAUGCAUUGAGAGAAGCAAGAAAGUUAUGGAUGAAGCUUGAAUUAAGUUUAGCAGUGUCUUUUAUCAAGCAUUAUUUAAUGAACUCAGAACACCCUGUGAAGCUUAUAAUAUUGCACAACAAACUCUCAGUAUUUCCCAAGGGCUUGAAGGCCAAAGCGCUCUAUUUAUCAUGAAGACAAGGAACUCUAUUGAGGAGCAACACUGAUGUCGCAGUCACAUUCUUUAUAAAGGUGUUACAAGCAGAGUGGAUAAGCUCAGAACCGGAAUUCGGUUUGUGAAAAAUUUACCUUCAAAACCAUGUCCAUUCGUAGGCAGAAAUCAAGAUGUUAGGGAAGUGCUUCAAAUCUUGAAAUUAGGGAAACGAAUCAUUACUAUUACAGGAGAGCCAGGCAUAGGCAAAACAACAGUUGCCUAUGCAGUAAUCCAUUAUCUAAUUGAAAGAGACGAAGAAUUGAUCAAAAAUGGAGUAGUAUUUCUCAACGGAAAUAACUGAGCUUCUCUCCCUACCUGGCUGCAUACUUUCAAUACUAAAAUUAUAGAAUCUCACGAGAGCUUCAGCGCGAACAAACUAAGCAAGAAGGAUACUCUUCAAGUCUUUAAAGAAAUCAUGAAAAAGCUCAAAGAUUUAGACCUAUUACUUAUAAUUGAUAAUGCAGAAAGUUUUCUAAUUUCGAUAAAUGUUCUCAAGCAAUUCUUAGAGAUGAUCUUCAAAAGUUCUCAGAAAAUAAAGGUUCUAUUGACUUCGAAAAUAGAGCCAAUUCAGUAUCUUGGUGGAAUUAUAGGAGUAGAAGAUUCAGUCAUAAGGCUUAAGCCUCUCACAAUUCAAUUCUCUGAAAGACUCUUGUGCGAGAAAGCUGGUAAAAUGAUUCCUAAAGAUGAGCGCCUCAAGUUGCAAAAAUAGAGAGCCAGAACGAAUUCAUGCGGGGUUUAAAAACGGAUACCAACACUUAUUCGGUUACCUUCUGGGAGGGCAUCCGAUUACCAUCUCACUUGCCGCCAACAUAUACUCAACCAGCAACCUGAACCACUUAUAUGAGACUCUAAUAAAAUCUACUAUCUUAAACUCCUUGACUCAAGGAACUGGGGGAGAUUUAGUAGUGAACAAACUGACUCUUUCAUUAAAUUUGUCCCUAAAACUAUAUAACAACAAGAAGAUAUAUGACUUUUUCAAUUUGAUGGGCUAUCUCCCUGGAGGUGCCAGACAAGAAGACAUUGACUCGCUCUGGCAGAGCGUCACAGGUAACACCUAUGAGGAAUGGUUCCCCUUCUGUACCUACCUCGAAAAAGCCUCAAUAAUAAUGCGUAAAACAGUCAAACAAGACAAAAAUGAGAUUGAGAUAUUCCAACUAGUACCUAUGAUCAAGAAUGUAGCCGAAGAGACCAGCAAGGAGACUGAAAAGAAAUAAAAUUCAUAAAAUCGUUACCCAGUAUUAUAUCCAGAUCCUUGAGAAUAUUCUUAAGGAAAAUUCUGUCAGUGGAUCCUCUGAGAAAAAUCAAUCCGUAAUGAACAAACUCUGGUUCUUUGAAAUGAAUAUCUGGGAGUGUGUAUAUAGAGCCCUAGAGAUUAAGAAAAAUAUUGAUUUCUCAGAAAUUGACCGCAACAACAGCAUGUGGAGCGUUGACAAGUCCAGAGAUCCAAGCCCUGAGCGAGAGAGUCGACAGGACCUUGAACGUAUGCAGAAAAGGAGGCUAGAUGAUGCCCUAGAUAUGGAUUUAAUAAAACUGACUCCAAAAGACUCCUCAGAGCAGUUAAACAAUGUGAUUCUAAAUAUCUCUAAGAAUGCUUCUCUCAAAAAUGCAAGCAUGGAAGAGUCUAGUCAAGAGGAUGAUAGUGCGAUUGAAGAUUUACAGCAAAAAUCUAAGCCCUCCCGAGCCCCUACUGAAAAUAACAUGCUCAACCUCAUGAUGAAGAAUAAAGAGAGAAGCAUUAAGGAGGAAGAAGAUGAUAAUAUCUUCAAUGAGAUAAUCAAAAUGGUCAAGCCCCAAAUCAUGCCAAGGACAACUUCCAAUGAUCUUCAAGAUAGCAACGUUCUCUCGUUUAUUGAAAAAUCUGUGAUGCCAAACAAGACCGAUAAGAAAUUGAUCCAGCCAAAACCUAAAGUUAAAAAGAAAAAGGUUGAUGCUGGACUUGGAGAUAACUCCUCUUUUUUAAUUAGAGAAAUGGAUAAAAAGCUUAAACGGACAAUCAAUCAAAAAGUAGCCAACAUUAUUAAGAGCAAUAAGAAGCUCUCUAGUCUCUCAAUGCCUAAGGAAGAAGUCUACGCCAAGCUCUCUCAUAAGCUCAUGGAGAUGCAAGAGCAGCACAAGCUCUACAAAGGGGAUGCCACUAAUGAGGUGUCCAAAAAGGGUAAAACUGUCAAAAAGAUCAACGAUGACAGUAAGAUAAUGAUCCUAUACCUCACUAAUCUUAUCCUCUUCUCUAAAUAAAACAGAUGUGGUCAAGGUCAUUGAAGAGUACGGAAAGUACUUCUAUGACAAAUAACCUCUGUGAAGCAAAUCUGAGGAAACUUAAAGGCCUUGCCCUAAUAAGGAAUAAAUAAAGACACAAGCUUUGAAACCUCCACAGAGGCUAUAAAAGAGUUUCUCUACGCCAAGGUCAUUUUCCAAAAGCAUGAUUGUCACCAUGGAGUUGGCAUCUGAUGAGCAGGUGUUGGGUUCAUCCUAUACGAGAUCUUCACCCAUUAUGUCAAGAAUAAAUUGGCUUUAUUAGACUAUGCAAAAAGGACUUUCAUCGAAAGCCUCAAUAACUACACUCUAAUAGCUCAUGACUAUGGAAUGUCAUACUGAUACGACAUGUUACAGGAUAUUAAGAGAGGGCUUGGCCAGAAUUUCUCAGAGGAAUAUCGAAGAUACAUGACACUUCAAAGCAAAAUCCUAAAUGAUACCGACCUCUCCAAGAGUACUUUCAUUGAGCGUGUUCAAGGAGUCGAAAUGAGCUUGCUCAUCGAAAACAUUAUGGAAGUCACAACUAAAGCCACACUUUUAGAUGAGAACAGAAAUGGGGAUGUUGAUGAAAUGGUCAAAUAUAUCAUAGACAGAAAGAAAAUGGUUGAAUCUGUAAAUCAAGCAAAUGAGCAGGAAUACAACAACCACAUGCUAAACUUCAUCGCAAUAGUUUCAGACCCAGGAAGAGGAGACAGCCAAGUGUUCAUCCCCGUUGUCAACAAGCAGAUGACUGAAGUCAGACAGUCUAUUGAGCCAAAGGAUAGAGGCUCAUUCAAAAAUGUAUUCAACCAAAUCCCCAUGGGAAUUAAGGCAAGGGAGAAGUUCAAGAGUAAGCUCAAGAUUAACAGUCCGAAGAAUUCCUUACAACUUGGAGAAGGAGGGUCCUACUUGAAGUCCCUUACUAGUGUUAAGAAUAAAGUGAGUGUAAACUUCACCGAUACUGCAAAAAAGCUGAGAAUGAAAAGAACAAAAACCUUAAAUUCUGAUGAUCUCAGUGAAGAUUCAAGCGAUUUGGAGUUUUGUCAUAAUCACAGGAUUUAUAGCAAACUUCAGAAGGUCGAAAAGCCAGUUGUGAAAGCAAUUCAAGAAGACUUCUUAACAAAAUUAGAGAAAUCUCGAAAAAGUAAAGAUAUGAACCUUGUAGAAAUAGAGGAAGAGUCUACCAUUCAAAUGGCAAUAUUUAAAAACAAGCAGAGGAACAAUAAGCCUCUAAGGAAGGCUGACAAUGAAUCCAGCAAUAGUCAUAAAGGGAAGUUUAGGAUGAGAAAUUUUGUGAAAAAACUCAAGAGUAAUAGAUAUAACCCAACAAUUACUGAGAAAAUGAAAGGUCAUAUAUCUCCUAACCUUCCCAGCAUUAGUAUUGUCCCAUUAAAGAGUAUGAUGACUGAUAAAGAUAUUGCCAAGGCAGCUUUAAGAGCUGCUGUAAACAGGACCAGUCACCAUAUGUCACUGCAGUAACUACUAUUACCAGAGCCUUAACACUAUUUCAUUUUUAAUAA